AUGGAGAUGGCUGCUUCUCCAAGGGGGUGAACAUGGAGGAGUUCCACCUGAGGUGGCGAGGCUUUUCGAUGGCCAUCACCGUAGAAGGCAAAAUCAUAGAGGAAGAAACAGAAGUGGAGGUGACUGCCACAGAAUCCAUUGAGGUCACGUCCACAUUGAGCAAAAUUAUCUUUGAACACGUAGACCGUUACUAUAAACCCAGCAUGCCUUAUGUCGUGCAGGUAAGAUGGGAGCUGUGGUUUCUCUGCAAAGCUAGAUUUAAGCCGUAUCAGCCCAGCCGAUGCCUCCA